AUGUUCGACGACGAGUUCGGAGAGGCGUUCGAUCCUCGAUACGAUCGAGAACCUUCAGAAGAAAGGCCGCCUGGAAAGCCACCCGCAGCCGACAUCUAUCGAGGGGUUGUCAAGAGACUACAGUCUUACGGCGCAUUCGUCAAGGUAGCAGACCUCGACAGAGAGGGUCUGCUUCACAUAUCGAGAAUCUCUGACCAACGGGUGGAAAGUGUCGAGGACGUCUUGGCUGUCGGCCAAGAAAUCUGGGUUAAGGUGCUAAGUCAAGAAGACGGGAAGCUGCGACUAUGCAUGAAGAGCGUCAACCAGCAUGAUGGCACUGAAAGGGAGUCCCUGCGUCAAAGCUUCGCCCAUCGAGGAGAGGGAGGGGGGAUAAAAACCCCGGAGCUUGACUCCAUUCACCAAGGAACCAUCCGACGUAUACAAGAUUUCGGAGCUUUCGUGUCGAUCGAAGGGUUCGAUAGGGAUGGACUGCUGCACAUAUCGUGCAUUUCCAGCCAAAAGUUGGAUAAAGUAGAUGACGUACUGGCAGUCGGUGACAAAGUGUGGGUUAAGGUUACCAAGGUGGACGAAGGCGGCAAAUAUGGGUUAGACAUGAGAGGAAUCAGCCAAAAAGACGGGGCAGACAAUGACCCAAAUAAUCUGUCACGUACCAGUGGAACACGGUCGAGGCCGCAAAAAGAAGAACGAAUAACGUUCGACGCCGUGUAUAACAUCACAUGUCAACGCUGUGGAGGGAAAGGGCAUAUGACACAUGAAUGCUACAACCCAGGAGGCAACAAGUAUGAAAUGCUUGAAGAUGACGGGGCGGAACGCACUGCACGGGCGGCAGCGCCACAACUAGCAUAUGCCACCGGGGCAAAUGCGGUUCAAGUCGCACCGUCUGUAGCUGCAAAGCUAUCCAAAGAGUGGAAAAAGACUCGCAAAGCAGAAAAGAAGGCACGAAAGAAGGAAGAAAAAGCACGAAAGAAACACAAGAAACACAAAGCGGCAGGCAGCAGCUCAAACGAUUCGUCAAGUAGUGACGACAGUGAUGAUAGCGACAGCUCGUCGGAUUCGGAUCACAAGAAAAAAUCGCGUAAGAGAAAGCGGAAGGAAAAGAAAUCAAAACAUCGGAAGAAGGCUGCACGUCUUCGCUGA